AUGGCUGGUCUAGGCAAAGGAGGAACUCAGAAGAAGUGCUCUCAUAUUCUUGGGGUGGCAAACCUACUUCAGCAGCAACAACUCCGUCGAAGUGGCCGACUUACACCAACCAAGGAAACAUCAGGAUUUCAGCUUCGAGAUGAAGAUGAGCUUGAAACACCAGAACCUGACUUUCGAGCAUCGAAAAUUAGGCGUACUUUAGAUCUUAGUCGGGAGACUCAUGGCCUAGGUGAAGAUGACUCGCUCAGCUUCACACCCCUCCAAAACAAUGAGGAACAACAUGCAUCUGGUGAGGAGCCUAUGAACGAUGGAGGACAAAGCAGAAAUGAAAGUGUCCAUCAAGAGCAAACCAGAGGAUCAUCUAAAAGUUCAUCAGCACCUAGAGGACCUACCAGGCAACUUUCGAAUGUAACCAACUCUGAUGGUGGUAAGAAGAUUGUUGUUGAAAUUUGUCAAAAAUCUAAACUGCUUGUGGGAGCUAGCAGCCAAAAAUUGAUCACUAAAGGUGGUGUGCUGUGCGCGAAUGGGCACUUUUUGAUAGCACAACUUGGGGACAACAUAGUGAGGAGCUGA